AGACAACCCGCUUCGCGACAGUUUGCCGUGUAUCAGAAAUUGCAUGCCAACUAGCGAGCGCUGACCGUCAUACUAACUUGUCCUACAUAAUUCAUCUCUUAUGUGCUUAUACUGAAGCAAAUUAAGUUACCACCCCCAUCUAGUAGCGUCAACUGUUUGCUGUAUUGCCCCGGUUCCUUUGAAAUGGAGGUUUUACGACCGACCCUGAUAAACAUCAAUGGAAGGAUUUACAGAAAAAACGUUAUCAAAGAACAGGUUUAUCAAGAGGAAGACGAUGAGGACGAAUUUUCUUAUUCUGGACCAGUCACUGACCAGUUCACGGAGGAACCCUGUGACACACUCUCCAUGGAACAAACUGAGAAGGGCUACCGUUAUGCCAUGGAUGUUCCCAGUGUUCUUUACAAAUACAUUAUUGGAAAGAAAGGGGAGACCAGGAAGAGACUUGAGAAUGAAACACGUACCUCAAUAAACAUUCCCAAGCAAGGAGUGGAGGGACAGAUAGUGAUCACUGGUCAGCAGAGAGGUGCGGUGUCGUCAGCCGUCACACGCAUUGAGGUCCUGAUGGAGAGCUUCCGGAAGAAACAGCCCUUCACGCAUUUCCUGUCUUUCCCUUUAAACCAUCCUCAAAUCCAGGAGCAGUUCUUAAAGUUUAAAGAAGAGGUCUUGGAACAGUGUUCAAAGGAUAGUGGAGUUGACGGCAGCAUCUUUCAGAACCCAGCGAAGCUCCACCUGACUGUUGGGACCCUGGCUCUACUCAAUGACAUGGAAGUGGCCAAAGCGAGUGAACUCCUCCAGCAGUGCCAGGAGCAGCUCCAAGACAUCACCGGGGGGAAGCCUCUUCCCUUGGAGGUAGUGGGGCUCGAGUACAUGAACGACGACCCUGCCAUGGUGGACGUCUUGUAUGCCAAAGUCCAGGCCAAGGAUGGGUCAGACAAGCUGCAGGUGAUGGCCGACCAGCUGGUGGAGAGCUUUGUGACAGCGGGUCUGAUGGUGAGGGAGUGGGACAGGGUGAAGCUUCACGGCACCGUCAUGAACACGCUGUUCAGGAAGGACCCCUCAGCUGAAGAAAAGGGUGGUUCUGGGAGGCCAAAUAUGAAGGACCGAGAGGCUUUUGAUGCACGGGGUGUAUUAAAGAAGUUUGGCUCGUUCCACUUCGGAGACUUCGAGCUGACCGGCGUCCACAUUUCCCAGAGGUUUUCCACAGACUGUUCCGGGUACUACACCUCGUCCGGCCUUGUCCAGUUCUCGUGACGAGCUUUGCCCUUUGACCCCCGACUGUGGGUUUCGGCGUGGAUGAUUGACCGAAGCAAACCCUUCUUUAAUCUCAGCCUGGCUGCAGUGACAUUAUUGUGGCCAGUCUUAACUGCCUUUGCUUCGCCGAGGGCAGUGUUCAACUUGGCCAACAGAUGGCGUAAUUGAGCGCAGCUGAGAUUGUAGUUGGAGUGGAAAGAGACACCAGAAGAAGACUCACGAAGAGAGCGCGUGACUGUGAGCGCGUGCUGUGGGGGAGUAAGUUAUAACAGUAAUGGCCGUGCUGGUGUCGGCCUUGAGCUGUGUCCAGUGUCUUAUAAAUAAACCUCCUCUGCCUUCGCGCCAACUCGCUGUGAAUCAAACCGAAUUCAAUUAAAAGCCGGAUUUAUUGCCGGGCAAAUCGGAAAGCUUUUCUGUUUCCCCGUAGUUCUCAUUCUGGAUGAAAAAUGUUAGCAGGCAACAACUGCUAAAUCAUGCCUUAAUUCCUAUGCUUUGCACAUGAAAAAACUAAAAGAUUUUUCUGGGGAAGUAACGUGUUGAGGGAGAAAUCUGCAAACCCUUUAUCUUCCUGUUGAAAUGUUUUCAUUAUUUUUAUUUUAGGAUGAUCAAGUUUAAAGCUAAAUAAAAAAAAUAUAGCUAUGGCCUGAUUUAGUAAGACCUUUUAGCCCACGCAAAACCAAUAACAUGACUAGUGAUUAGUCAUGGUAUUUAUUUUGCACCAAUCAUUGGUUGUGUUACUAGUUUUGCAUGUGCUAAAAGGUAUUGCAUGUGCAUGCAAGUCAGGUAGACAUGUAAAUAUUUGUCUUUAUUGAAGCCACAUAAUUUCUACAAUAAUACAGAGUAGAGUGUCCUUAUUCUCUUUUAGUAUGUUAAACACACACUUUUUCAUGUCUUUCUUAAAAGUGGAAUUCUGUCGUCCCUCCUGUCUGUGAUUCAUUUCAGUUCCGUAUGGUUCUGUCAAAACACAGCACACAAACAGUUUGUCUAAAAAUGCAUAUUUAAUACAUAAGUUUAUUUUACAGUCAUAGACAUGAAAGACUAGUAUUAAAGAGUAGUCAGCUCCCACUCACUGCAUAUUGGAUAAUGGAAUACUGUGCUUUAUUGCAUAAUGUGCAGCCAGUCUUUUAUUUGACUAUUCUUUUGUGUCCUACAGCAAAACGUUUGUGACAUUGCUAGGUUUAAAAACCUAAAACCUAUUUUAUCAUUUUGUGUUGCAGAAAAACAUUAUUUUGUUUCUCCUUCGCUAUAUUACUGUAAUGUACUAUUCAUUUGUGCCCCUUGGAGUUUUUAGACCCAGCAAAUAUUGUCAGUCUUUUUGUGCAUUUUUAUGGUUUUAUUAUAGAAUGAUGAGUCUCCCUCCUAUUUUAUUUUCAGUCCAGAGUUGUUAACGUUAGAUAUUAUGGCUGCAUUAACCACAAUAUUGAUUGCUUAAUUUCAAAUCCAAUGUACUGGAUUACAGUGCCAGAAGAACAUAAAUGAUGCCACUGUCCAAAUACUUAGAGACUGCACUGUAGCCUAUGUGAUGGACAGUCUUGAGCCUGGUCAGAAGUUGACUGUUAUGUCGGAAGAGCUGACCGGUCCGGAGUCCUGUGUCAGCAGCGAAUGUGAGUGCGUUUGACUGGAACGCCAACGAGUUCUGUGAGUAUACGGCUGUUCGGCAUUCAGGACGGGGAGGCUAGGUCGCCAUAGCCUGCCUGUUGUGCCUGCAAGCAACCCAGGCCCCGUCUACUUUCGCUGCUCCUGCUGUUUCAAAUUCAGCAGCUCAGUCACACAUUACUCUUUCCUCUCAACCCGAAUUGACACGGGAACAUCCGGAAAUAAUCACGCAGGACAGGAGGAAAGCGAUCGUCGACCCCUGGCUCAUAAUUUUGUCUGGUGUCGGCUAGAGCGUGUUUUCUCGGGAGCUGUAAAACGGGGCUUGUUGACACGGCCUGCUGUUUGGUUCCGUUGUUUAACAGGCGUGCCCUCGAUGGGCUGUGGCGGAUUAGCGUGGGUCUGGCUGCUGUUUGGGUAAGGCUGUUUAUCCGAGGGUGGCCCUAACUGACCUGCGUUUGUGUCAGGUUCCAGAUUGAUGUUCCAUCAACUCUGUAACUGCUCCGUAGAUUGAAAUGUUGCGAGUGAAAAGUAUUAGUCACCUUUCCCCAGGAGAGGAGAUGGAUUUUGUGACUGAGGGAGUCAUAAUCGUGCUCUGUACUGGAAGACAUGACAUGACUAACUGAAAUAGGUUUCUGAAAGUUGCAUUGGGACUAGCCUAUGAAAUCAAUUGGCCUGUCAAGCCUGUCCAUUAAAAUAUUUUCAACAAUGUAUAUUAAAUAUUUUCCUGCAUUUCAGGGAAUAUCAGACAUUAUUUUCAAAAGCUCCAAUAAAGUGUGUCUAUAAAAGAAA